AUGGCAGACUUUGUAUCGUCGUCCUACACCAAACUCCGGGAUGUGAUAAACGAGACAUCCAACGAUGCCCUUCCACCUGUCUCAUCCAUCGUCGCUGCAACAAAGUCGCUCCCGGCUUUCUUCUCACCCAUGGGACUCGGAGAAGAAGCCACUCAAGCCCAUCUCCUUUCCGACAUAUGUCCUGGUUUCAACGGACCCAAGACCUCCGCCAAUUACUAUGGAUUUGUGACAGGAGGCGUAUUCCCAAUAGCUGAGGUGGCUGAUAAUAUUGUCACGGCGUUCGAUCAAAAUGUACAAGUGCAUCUACCCAACCAGAGCAUCAGCACCAUUGUGGAAGGAAAAGCCUUGGAGAUGGUGGUUGAGCUAUUGAGAUUAGGUAAGGGAUGGGAUGGAAGAACGUUCACCACCGGGGCCACGGGUUCUAAUAUUCUUGGGUUGGCAUGUGGCCGAGAAGCUGUUGUCAAAAUGCGUCUCGAGAAGGUUGGGGAGCAGGCUGGACCUGGUGAGCUUGGCUUGCUGGCGGCCUGUUCUAAAGCUGGUAUCAAAAACAUCCAGGUCCUGACCACCAUGGGCCACAGUUCAUUAUAUAAAGCUGCAAGUGUCGUAGGCCUUGGCCGAGCUUCAGUGAAAGAGAUCCCAGUCAGUAGCCAAGAGCCAUGGAGAAUAGAUCUCGACAAGUUAGAGAGCGAGCUUAAGCUCUCAGACGAGGGCAUAGUCAGUAUUGUUGCCCUGAGCGCCGGCGAAGUCAACACCGGCAGAUUUUCAACCGAUGGCCUCUCGACCAUGAGAAAGGUUAGAGCGCUCUGUGACCGUUAUGGCGCAUGGCUGCACGCCGACGGAGCCUUCGGCCUCUUCGCUCGCAGUCUACCCGCAACACCCGAGUUCCAGUCUCUCAUCGACACCGCUGCGGGUCUGGAACUAGUUGACUCUCUCGCUGGUGAUUGCCACAAAAUGCUCAAUGUCCCAUACGAUUGCGGCGUAUUUAUUACACGCUCUUCCUCUACUCUCUCCUUAGUCUUUCAGAACCCAAAUGCGGCUUAUCUCUCAUCCGGCCCCUCCGAUCAGCCAUCACCACUGAACAUUGGUCUUGAGAAUUCGAGACGGUUCAGGGCGCUGCCUGUGUAUGCGGUGCUUCUGGCAUAUGGGCAGUAUGGAUUAGGAGAUAUGUUCGCAAGGCAGGUUAGAUUGGCGAGGGCUGUCUCGGAGUACUUGGAUAGCAGUGACUGUUACGAAUUGUUGCCAAGCGGCCAAUCUUCAACCAACAGUGAUGAGCAGACGAAGUUUUCUCUCACACACAUUAUUGUUCUGUUUAGAGCCAAGAAUGAUGCUAUUAAUGAGGAGCUGGUUACAAAUAUCAAUGCUACGAGGAAGAUGUACGUUUCUGGUACGAAAUGGGAGGGCAAGCCUGCUUGUAGGAUUGCUGUUAGCACUUGGAAGGUUGAUGUUGAGAGAGAUUCGGAGUUGGUGAAAGGCGUUUUGGAAGGCGUGUUGAAUGGCACUCAGUAG